AUGUCUAUCCACGCAGCCGUAGUCCACAAGUGGGGAUCAUCCCCUACCUACUCCCUCAUCGAUCUCCCCACCCCGUCGGACACCCAAGUUCGCAUCAAAGUCCUCGCUGCUGGUGUCCACACAUUCGUGCGAUCCCGCGCUUCAGGCAAACAUUUCUCCAUGGCUGGCAAGAGCCCGCCACAUGUUCCCGGCACGGAUGGUGUGGGCGUUGUCGUCGAGACCAACCAGCUUGUCUACUUCAACGCGUUGCUCGCAUCCACCGGCUCCAUAGCCCAGGAGAUCAAUGUUGGCAAGAAAGACAUUUACCCGCUGCCUGAGGGUGCGGAUGCAGAUACUGUGGCCGUGCUUGUAAAUCCUGCGAUGAGCGGUUGGAUGGCGUUGACGGCGCGUGCGGGUAUUCAACCUGGUAGUGGGGUUAAGAUAGUUAUCGUAGGUGCAACAGGCGUGAGUGGACAAGCCGCCGUACAAAUCAGCAAAGCCUUUGGUGCCUCGAAGAUUGUAGCAAUUGGCAAACCAGGUGCAAAGCUGGACAAAACAAAAGAGCUUGGGGCGACGGCAACGAUACCACUGUCCGAGGAUCUAGCGCGAACGGAUUUCUCUGUUGCUACGGACGUGGAUAUUGUCUUGGAUUACUUGUGGGGCGAUGUGUCGAAUGCAGCCAUGGCUGGCAUCAUCAAGGGACGCGAGGUUCCCAACCAGAGGCUCAGCUGGGUGGAAAUUGGGUCUUUGGCGGGAGAGACACAGGCUGUUCCUGCCAGUCUCCUUCGGCAGGCAAAUGUAGCGUUGCUGGGUUGUGCGCCAGGUGCUUGGUCGUUUCCUGAGUUACAUGCUCAGACACCGCGCAUACUGGAGGCGAUUGUCAAGGGAGGUUUCAAAUCUGAGUAUGCAGCAAAGAAGUUGGAUGAUGUGGAGACAUGGUGGGAUGAGGUUAGUCAUGCUAGACUGCUUAUAAAACCUUAG